UUUUGUUGUUCAUGAUCUACUGAUUAAAGUUAAAACAUGAAGCUGGUUAUUUAUUAAUUACUUUAAGAUUUAACAGGUGUCGGUAUUAGGAUUUAGCCAGUCUUAAUCUACUUGAACGGAUAUCGCUUUGUGUCAACGCUUUGGUCCAAUUACCAAGUAUAAACCUUUCCGGCACACUAUCAAACCUAUGUUAAACCUAACCAUAGCCUUCAGUCGCUCUUGAACUGAUUGCGCGCGUCAAACUAGCCUGGUUCUCGACUUGAAAUAUUGGUUCCCAUGAAAAAUUUCAGGGACCGGAAGCAACAGUGAGCGGUCAUUGUCUAUUUUUUUUACGCCUGUGGAGAGAAAAAUUUGUUUCCAGGCCUAACAACAUCAUGUGUGUCAGUAUAGGUUGAAUACACCACUUCAUACACCAUGUCAGAGAUAUUUCUGCAAGAAGAUGUCCUUUCACUUCUGGACAACAGAUUUAUUGUCAUCAUUGGAGAUUCCAUUCAGAGGGGUGUAUACAAGGAUUUAGUAAUGUUGCUGCAGAAAAACAGAUAUCUUGCAGACAGAGACCUUAGAGCAAAGGGUGAGUUCACAUUUUCUGGUGAUAAACUGAUCGAAGGUGGACAGUAUGGCGAGAUGACGAAUGGUGUGAGAUAUCGGGAGGUGCGACAAUACCAGACAGAUUAUCACUUGAUUAGGUUUUACUUUAUAACUCGAUGUUACAACAGUUAUGUAGAGUCUAUACUAAGUGACCUAUCAAAAGAUCCCCUACCUGAUGCUGUAAUCAUGAAUUCUUGUCUGUGGGACAUUAGCAGGUAUGGACCGUCGUCAGUGGAACAGUAUAAGAAGAACCUGAACACUCUGUUUAAGAGAUUGAGAAAGGAGCUUCCCAAAACUUGCCUUAUCAUGUGGAACAUGACUCUACCUAUAUCAAAGAAGGCAAGAGGUGGUGUUCUUAUACCAGAGGUAGAGCACCUAAAUGUCAGCCUUAGACUUGAUAUUUUAGAGGCAAACUUCUAUGUACACAAGCUGGCUUUAGAGUAUGGAUUUAAUACAUUGGAUCUUCACUACUACCUGAGACAUCAGCUACAAAGGAGGGCAGGUGAUGGUGUACACUGGGAUAUGACAGCUCAUAGAAGAAUGACAAAUCUGAUCCUGACUCACAUGGCAGAGGCUUGGGGUGUCAAGUCACCUGAAAAUGCAAAGAAAGUCCUUCUGAAGCAUGAGCAACCAUUGAAAAAGACUAGCAACAGGCCAAAGAAUUUCAACUCCAACUUCAAUUUUGGACUUGGCAAUACUGGACAAUCAAAAACUAAUGUUCCGGAGAGAAGUCAGUUUGUAGGCAACUAUAUCCACAAUAUGGUCAACAACAGAUACAGUGUCAUGCAAAAUAUUCAGAUGUCUGGCAUCGGCAAUCAACCUAUACCACAGAUGAUGGACUCAAAUUUAGUCGCCCGCCAGUAUGAGCAUUUGAGGUCAGUACGCCAGAACGUGGAUGUUUUCAUGCCAAGUACAAACUUCAGUCCGCAAGGAUACCAGGUUAGAAAUGCAAACUUCAUGGGAGUAGAUAUGUCAGGAAUGAGAAUCCCAGACAGUCUAGAAAUGUUGAAUCAGCCAUAUGGAAAUCAGAAUUUUGAGCCGGGCCUCAGAGGUCAAGGUUUUGGGUACCAGCAAGGUAGAGAAAGAAACCUACCCUAUAGGUCAGCAAAUAGGGGGCUUGAUCCAGCUAGUCAUGCAUACUUUCAUGCAUUUUAGUUAAGAUCUCCUAUUUCACAUGUAUGCAGAGUUAAGAAUAGGUGACCAGAUUAUAAAAGAAAGAAACAUGUAACAUUUAGAAGUUAAGAAUAACUGCUGUGUUAUUUUAUUAUAGUUCCAUGUUUCAUUUAAUCAUUGAAAUGUGAGGUUUUCACAUAAUUAUAUCAUAAAAUGGUUGUUGAACCAUUUCAUAUCAUAUUAUUUAUCUCGGUUUUGGUUUGAAUAUUUUUAUACGCCCAAAGGGACGUUUUAUGUUAUGACGCAGGUGUCUGUCCGUCCGUCUGUCUUUCUGUCUGUUAGCAAUUUCAUGUCCGCUCUGUAACUCUUGAACCCCUUGAAGGAUUUCGAAGAAACUUGGCACAAAUGUUCACCACAUCGUGACGAUGUGCAAAGUGCAUGUUUUGGAUGGCUCGCUUCAAGGUCAAGGUUACACUUAGGGGUCAAAAGUCAUAUGACUUUCCAGUACUAUGUUACUAUAAAUAGCUUAUUUUGUAACUUUUAUUAUUAGCCAUAGGGAAAAACUGCGACCGCUUUUCUGUGCUACAGCAUGGACGGUACCUCCAAUAUAUAGGUGUAUUUUGACGUAUCUGUACCUUGUAAGGAUUUUUUUUCUGGACUUAAAUUUUUUUUUCUCGACUGUUCGAAGAAUAGGGGAGCUAUCCAACUCGCCCCGGCAUCGGCAUAAGCGUUAGCGU